CCUAAAUCCGCUUCAUCCUCUGUCGAAAAAUAUAGUGGCAAAGAUCUUGGCGUGUCCUUUCGUGAGGUUGCUUCAGAUCUCGUUGACGAAGCGGAGAAACAGCCUAACUUUACCGAAUUACUCUUUCGCAAGCGCAAGCAUCUCAUUGACCCGGAUGUUAUCGCCACUAAACGGUCUGUCUUCGAUGACACUGUGCUCGCACCACAUUACUGGCCCAAGAAGGACUACGAAAACAUUCAUCGGUUCGACCCGUCUGCCAGGUGGACCUACAGAGAGGAGUGGGCACUCGUACGGAAGAUCGACUGGAAGAUCAUGGUUAUGGCUGCAAUAGGAUUUUCGUCACUGAACUUAGACCGUUCCAAUGUUAAUCAGGCCAACUCCUCUACUUUCCUGACGGAUUUGAAACUGACCACGGACGAUUUUAACCUGGGGAACAGCAUCUUCCGCCUCGCUUUCCUCUGCGCUGAGCUACCAUCACAACUGGUUUCCAAACGUGUUGGACCAGACCGUUGGAUACCCACCCAGAUUUGCCUUUGGAGCCUUGUCUCGCUUUCCCAAUUUUGGUUGACAGGAAGAACAUCAUUCCUUGUGUGCCGUGCACUCUUAGGGUACGUGCUUCUGUAUACGGAGCUCCCUAUUCGCCUUGCUCUGUUCUGGAUGUCUAUGUACCUGUGUAGCAUCGUUGCCAGCUUCCUGGCCUUUGGUAUCCUCCAUCUUGAUGGGAUGGCUGGUAAAGCUGGAUGGCGUUGGUUGUUUUUGAUAGAAGGCGGGAUCACACUUCUCAUCGGUGUAGCGGCUUUCUUCAAUAUGCCCGCUUCUCCCACUCAGACCAAGACGUGGUUCAGACCGAAGGGGUGGUUUAGCGAGAGAGAAGAAAUUAUUAUGGUCAAUAGAAUCCUCAGAGAUGACCCAACCAAAGGUGAUAUGCAUAACAGGGAGGGACUAUCGCUCCGGCGUUUUUGGACCGCUAUAUGUGACUACGACCUAUGGCCGCUCUACAUUUUAGGUCUCAUGUUUGGAAUCCCCAAUAGCCCACCGUCGACAUACUUGACUCUUCUGCUCAGAGACAUUGGGUUCAACACCUUCCAGACCAAUCUUUUGUCAAUUCUGUACCAAGCUCUUGGGAUUGUUACGAUGUUCUUGAUUACUUUACUCUCUGAGCACCUUGGAGAACGUACUUUUGUGGCUAUGUUGGAGGAUUUAUGGACGCUUCCUUUCUUGGUGGCCUUGUACGCUCUGCCGUCGAGGCCUAAUCCGUGGAUAUUCUUUGCUAUUGUUACCGGCCUUUUAUCUUUUCCCUAUACCCACCCGAUACAGGUUGGCUGGUGCUCUCGCAAUGCAGGUGGUGUAUCUGGUCGUACCGUCAACGCUUCGGUAUAUAACAUGUUUGUGCAGGCAAGCAGUAUCAUCGCUUCGCAAAUAUAUGUAGCAAGUGAUGCACCGAGAUACGAACGCGGUAAUCGAAUUCUUAUUAUUAUCUGUUGUAUCAACCUCGGGAUUCUAUACCCCGGCACAAAGGCAUAUUACAUCUGGCGUAACCGCCGGCGCGAUAAGAUCUGGAGUAGGAUGACAGUCGAGGAACGUGACCACUACUUAAGGACCACGAAAGAUGUGGGGAACCGAAGGCUAGACUUUCGUUUCGCACACUAG